GCCGCGGUCGACACACCAACCUGUACGUGUGAAUGGUCGUUCGCUUGCACGGCUUGUUGGUGUUUGGAUCGUUCUUCGCGCGCGUGCGUGUCCUUGGCCCUGGCACAUGCUCCGUCGACUGUGUGCUCCAUCGCUCUGAAAUUGCGUCACGUUUCAACGAGUGUACUCGCGCUCCCCCCCACUUUUAUGCAUGGCCGCGCUGUGCGGUGGAAUGCUGCAACUGACGCCAUGGACUUGUAGGGAACGCAAGCUUGCGAGCGAUGGGAAUCUGAAUUUGAAAUCUGGGAUGUCGACAGCGACGACGUCUUGACCAAGGACGAGUACCAGCGGUACUGCGACCAGACGUUCGGCAACAAGCUCCGAGUGGCGCUCAAGUUUAUGAAACACGAAAGCGAUUGGGCUCGUGAAGUCUGGACUCGCCGCGGCCUCGAUUCCAAAUACGUGCUCGGCCUGUUACCGUCGCAUGUCCCUGCCGACUGCGCCGACCACAUUGCGCAGCUCCAACUGUCGUCCAUGUCGAACGUCACGAUGGCGUUGUUUCGACACAUGAUUGUGCUGCCUGCUGCCGAUCGGAGCCUGGAAGACGUGUUCUUGAAGGAACGGCCAUCGAUCGACGUGGUCAUUGCGGUCGUCAAGGAGGUCGCGACCGCGCUGCACCAUUUGCAUGCCGACCAUGGCCUGGUCCACGGAGAUUUCAAAAAGCUCAACGUGGUUCGCGUGGACAACCGCUUCAAGCUCAUAGAUCUCGAUGCCGCGACCCACGUCAACGACCCGAUCGGCGCCAAAUUCAGCUCGGGCAUUGCUCCCCCCGGUACGAACUCAGUCCGGUCGCGACUGACAUGUGCGUGUUGGAUGGCGUAGAAAUGUUUUAUCGCCUGCCGGAUGCAGCGGCCCACGCCUCGUUUGAACAGCAUUUCAACGACAACGCAGGGCUGUGGGCCAAAGUCAAGCCCAAGGGCCACUUUGUCGUUCGAUCGUAUCGCCAGGACGCGGACGCGUCCAAGUUGCCGUACGAGCUGGUGGCGGCGACGCCGGCCAUCGACAUGUGGGCACUCGGGUGCAUGUUGUUCCAAAUGGUGUCGGGAGAAGAGCUCGUGCCGACGGAUGUGAAUCAGGACGUGACCGCCGACUCGAUCCACAUCGCGGCAACGUGGUCAGAUGCCAAGCUGUGUCGACGCAUCGAGUCGCAAGUGGCCAACCAACACGCGCAGGACUUGCUCAAGCACUUGCUCGUGGUCGACCCGGCGUCGCGCGUGUCGGCGGCGGCUGUCCUGGACCAUCCAUUCCUGACGGGCGAGCCUGGCCACGCCUCCACGGCGGUCGUCCACGCGUUUCAAGACAUCCAAGCGUCGCAUCGCGACGUCGAGGCGCGGUUGAAUCUGUUGCUGGAAUCGGCGCAAACGACCGACCACCUCAUCCAGACGGCGCGCACGCAGCUGACGACGUUGAAGCAAUCGGUGGUCCGUGGCGUGUUUGAUGCGUCCGAAGCGACCGUCCCAACGUCGUUCGUUGUGUUUCCCAUGCGACUCACGUCCGCUGCGUCAUCGUCGCACAUCGAGGCCGCCAUCGCGCAGCACUUACGGGCGCUUCUCGCAAGCGUCAAAUCGAUCGCUCAAGCUACGCUUCGGGGCGAUGCACUUGCACAAGUCAUGACGUCACUGACCAACGGCCAGCCCCUGUAUUUGUACUUGGUGGACGAGGUUCAAGGGUCCAUCGUUCUGCACGACCCGAACCACAUCUACCCCGUUGAGAUCCAUCCCCAGGACACGUCGUUCUUGGCGGCGGUGGUGCCAUUGCUGCUAGACGGCCUCCAGGCCGUCGCGCGGGCCCAGCGAGCGACCGGCCAAAGCAAUGCCGCGUGGUUCGAUGCAUACGACGACAUCGAUGCGUUGGGCCAAAUUGACGACAUGAUGGCCACGUUAUGGCAAGGCUUGUGUCUGCGUGGUGCAGCUUUGCGACGGCUCAAACUAUGGCUGUUCGAGAAGGACCCGACUGCAUCUUUUGCUGGCCUCGAGCGCGUGCUUGUCGCCGACGGACUCGUGCGUUGGACAUCGCACGCCCAAGCGCAGCAGCUCCGCGGCUCCGCGCCAUUCCAUGCGCAUGACGGCAAAGGUUCUGUGGGAGGCAUGGCGCUGUUGGACAUGAUGCUCGACGUAACAACACCGGACGUGUAGCCAUCUACUUGAAUAAUGCAUCCUUCCAACCCA